CUGUGUAGCUUUUCGAAUAGAAUCUUCUAGAACUUUCGAUCUGUCAAACUACAUAUUUUGGCGCUCAUUCUCAUAUUGACAUUUUCUAGUAUACUAUAAUAUUUUGAAAUCGAAUUGACCAAUUCAAUUUAUAACGAAAGUACGAUCAUGUCAUAUGCCUCAAGCACGAAAAAAAUUAUUCAUACAAUUUCGAAACUGGAUGAGUUUGACGAACAAUUUACACCCGAAAUUAUAGUCCAAGGCAUUCCAUGGGAUGUUGAAUUCAAAAAGGAACGCCAUGAGGGAGAGGAACGGCUUAAUGUUUAUUUGUGGUGCAGAAAUAAAGAUGCAUCACGCGACUGGUCGCACGCUGCUUUUGUCACGGUUAAACUAUUGCCGUCCAAGAAAAAUUUAAAACCAUUUGAAAAGUAUACAAUGCCAUAUAUUUUCGGUAGCUCACAUCGAUGUUGUGGUACAGUUGAUUUCAUCAAAUGGGAACGAUUAAUCAACAUUGAAAAUGGAUUUGUGCGUGAUGACACCAUCCGGGUGGAGAUUAAAAUUGAGGUCACCGAUCCAAAUUAUGAAGAUAAGAGCCUUUUGAAAUUUGACGUUUUGGACAAAUGUUGUGAAUGCGUUAAUCGCGCAUUGUUCCGAUUGACUGUUUCCAAUAUCGAUGCACUGAUGGCUGUUGGAACGCCAGCAUUUAUUUUGUUUGGCUUACGUUGGAAAAUUUCAAUUUUCAAUGAUGCAUCAGAAUGGCUGGGCGUUCGAUUGGAGACAAUUGAAUAUAAAAACAAUGCUACAAGCGAAACGACAGCCACUUUUAAGCUCAUUUCUGCGAACAAUGAUGUCAAGUCUAUUAAGCAUGAGCUCAAGAAGGAAAUGAAUGGGCAAGAUUUGUUGGAAAAAUGGAACUUUGUAUCGUGGGGCAAAUUAUUUGACGAUCAAAAUGGCUUUAUUCGUAAUAAUACUAUUGUGUUUGAUGUCAGCAUCAUAACAGAUUCGCUCAAUUUGGCCGAGAAAUGCCAAGCGGCCCGUGACCAAAAUGAAGAUGCAAAGUUGCUGAAAUUGGAAUGCUCAAUCUGCAUGGAAGCCAUUCGCGAUCAAGAACUUUCAUCACUGCCAUGCACUCAUAUGUUUUGUACAAAGUGCAUCGAAGAUGCCAUCAAAGCUUGCAAAAAGUGCCCCAUCUGCAAUGCAGCAGCCAAAUUGACCGAUUUACGGCUCUGUCGUUUGCCAUUCGCAAAUUAGGCCUGCUUGAAACCCAAUCACCCAGAUGACACAUCUGAAGGAAGCUAAUAUCAAAUAGUUUCAACAACAGAUCUGCCAAUAAAGUGAUUACUUCCACCAAGUGACAAUUUCACAUCCAUAUGUCUUUAAUUGAAUAUCAGAAUUUCUUUUACUUAAAAUACAUUAAAAAUAAAGGGGCUUACGUACGCAAGCUGACUUUUCCGCAUGGAACCGAAUCCGGCGUUAGUUUUGAGAUACAAUCAAGUUUUACCUGAGUUUUUUUGAAAAAAUAAAAAAAAAAUGAAUUUUUGUAUGAGAGCCAUGAUUUUAGGCUGACGUAAUGACGUGAAACUUUGUACAGGCUAUUUUUUACACAAUAAAAUAACAUUCUGAAAGUUUGAAACUA